CGAACGUUCGUUAUUGUGGUGUGAAGUUUGGUAUCAGCAUCGUUAUCUUCCUUUCUGUUUGUUGAAAUUUUGAUGCGAUUCCAGCCGUUCAUGAACACGAGGAACGUGCUGAUUACAUUAUUCGCAUUCAAAGGAAGCAUACUAACGACCUGAUCCAAGCGUUAUUUGAAUGUUUUGACUACUACGGUCGUUAACGGUCGAAUUCCUUGCUGGAAAUUGUUAAAAGCAGUAUGCGAAAAUGGCUUCUAAAAGACCAUUGGUUAAACAAAAAGUGACUUACGGCUUCUUGGAAGAUGGAAAUUUGCACGAAAACGAAGAUGAUUUCUCCGGCAAGCAAAGUUCAACAAAACGCGUUUCGUUUCACAAUCAUGAGCUGAGUGACUCAGAUUAUUCCGAUGAGGAAAAUUCCCUUGGAAGGGUUAAUCGCUCAUCUUCAAGGCCUGUUAGGGAUUCCCUAGAUGGACUUUUCAGGGAAUCGGUCUCUGAAGAAAAGGAAAGCUCUGUAGGAAAAGGAGCAUCGCUGGAAAGACAGAGAUCAAACGACAAGGGGCAACCUAGGCCUGUCCCCAGAUCUCGUCCAACUAUUUCAGCAAAAAAGACGCACUUUGAAGGUUAUUCUGUAACUUCAACACAGCGGUCAUCAGAUGAAGAAGGUGGGGACCUGUAUACAGUUAAACAAUCUAGCGAAACAAUGAAAACAAAGGAUAGAUACCCAGUCCCGCCCCCAAUAACUUCACUACGGCAACAUACAGAAAAGACUUCUUCAUCAAAUGUAGUUUCACCCAGGCCUGUGCCACGAUCAAGGAUAGCUUUGUCCCCAAGAGAACAACAGUUAAAAUCAUUUGAACAGGACUCUGUUGUGUUGGAAGAUGAAAAGACCAGAAGAGUGAGAGAUAUUGAAGUCCCUGAAUUCAAAGAAUCUAGAAAAGUAGAAAGUAAACCUGUGGUUCCUCUGAGAAGAAAAAAGACCCUAGAGGAAACAAAUGAAGGUGGAAGACCUCAGAUUCCCAAAAUUCGAACUACCUCUUAUGAGAAUGAGAGACUCUCUCCAGAAAACAACGAUGGAAGAGAAAUUGAACAAGAUGGAAACUUAAGACAUGGGAAAGUUAAAAAUAAAGUAAAAGGUCAACCUUUGAUUUCAGUAACAAGGUCAGAUUCUUCUGAGGAAUUUGAAAGUGGAGAUGAUACAGGAAUAGUUAAUUUAAACAGAAAAGGUUAUUACAGUAAAGAGCAUCAUGAGGAAGAGCAUAGUUACAAAAGGGCUAUGACAGACUCUUCAGAAAGACUCGAAAGGGUGCCACCUAAACCUUCACCUCGCAGUCGCAUGAAACAAACUCAUCAAGAGUCAGAACAAAAUGCAAAGCAUGUUAAGCGUCCAGAUAGUGCUCCUGUAAUGAAGAAGGCAUCAAGUCUAGAGACAAUGCAAUCCAAGCAUGACUCAUUUUCAGAGAAAGACAUAUCUGUACCCAAAGAAAAAGGGGCUCAAAGAGUGGAACUAAAAAAGAGCCUCACCCCACAGAGACCUGUUAGUGCUAAAAACAGCUCUUGGAUGGGUCAACAUAGGGUCCAAUAUGAUAUAACAGACACUUUUGAAGAACAUGUCCCAAUAGAAGAAAACAUUAUCACUGGAAACCAAAAUGAAAGAAGCUCCAGAACAAAAAGAGGAUCAGACUUUGAAUCAGGUGAUGGAAGAGGUAGAUCUGGACCAUUAAAGGCUAAUCACACUAUCAGCCAAAUGAUAAGAUCACCACACCCUAGAGAAACACAAGCAGAUGUUUGGGCAGAAACCAGUGAUGCCAGUUAUGGUCAGACCCUGACAACAAAGAGGUCCUUGUCAUUGACAAAUUUGAGAGGUACCAGUCCAGAGCUUUGGAGUGAGAGUGGAAGUGCAAGGAGCUCACCACACAGUGGUUUGAUGGAUACAAAAUCAAUACGUCAGGCAGUGUUUGAUGAGUGGAAGUCAAAGAAAAGUGAAAGAUUGAGGGAGCAAAUGGCCAUCCAGUCUGCUGAGAAGAAAAAACUUGAAGAGAAGGAAAAAGAAGAACGUCAACGUAAAAAGGAUGCAAAGAGAGCUUUCGAAUCUUGGAACGAAAGGAAACAAGAAGUAAACAAAGAAAAAAAUGCUAAGAAAAAGGAAACAAUGAAUAAAGAACUGGAGAAGCAAAAAGAACAAAAUCUUAGAGCAAGAGAUGCAAAAAAAUACUUCGAAUCUUGGAAAGCAAAGAAAGAUGAGGAGCUCAAAGAAAAACAUCAUAAGAAGAAAGAAGAAGUUUUUGAAAAGAAAAAGAAAAAUGAAGAAGAACAAAAGGUGAAAACUGUGGAUUCACAAAAAGCAUUUGACAACUGGAAAAAGAAAAAAGAUGAAAAGCUCACAGAAGAAUACAAGAAAAAAAGAAGGGAAGAAAACAAUAACAGCAUGAAAGAAGAGGAGGAAAAGUAUGAGAGAAGCAUUCAGUGUGCAGAGCGUUAUCAAGCAUGGGUGGAAAAGAAAGGGAAGCCACGGAGAGGACCACCUCCUCCCACACUGAUACAGAGGAGUUGGUGCCCAAGUGGCAGGAAGUCAGGCAACUAUAUUCCUGAUAAAGUAGGAGCUGUGAUUCAAGCUCCCUCACCUAACAGAUCUCGAACCAUGUCAGGUUCCUACUACUUCAAAACAAACAAGUUUUGAUGCCAGAGAUGAUGCUGUACGAGACUUCACUACUAACGAUGAUAAUUUUUGGAAUUUCAAAUCCAGUGAAAGAUCAGGGUUUCUUAUUUCAAUUGAAUUAAUUUUGGUUUUCUAAAUGUUUCAUAAUUUCACCGUAGCUAAUUAUUUGUUUCAUUGUAAACUUAUGGAGGAAAGUCUUGUUUACUUCCACACACAUCAAAGCCAAAAAAAUUGCAAUUAUUUAAAAUUCUUAUUGGUUUUACCAUUGCCUUUUAAGGUCGUGGUAAAGCAUUUUUUAAGCCCAGCGAAGUUUAUAAAGAACAUCAAGUAAUAAGUGAGAGUAUUAUUUGUGAGUUGAAGCUUCUUGGAAAGUAUCAGGCAAAUGAUGGCAGAAGUUUCCAAGAGCACCAUAUGAAUACUGUAUGCUUUUUUUAGUCUACAUGUACCACCUUUCAGUAAUGAAUAUUUAAUUUAAGGUGGCUCGUACCAGUUUUCAUCUUUUUGAUGGUUUGUAACUUUGAAAGAAUACAAC